AUGCUUGGAAAACACCGAAAAAGGAAAAUAAACCCGCCACUUUAUCCAAUACACCCAAAUGAAGAAAAAAAAAAAAACUUAAAUAAUUUUAUAACAUAUAAAGAUUUAAAAAUUAGGUGGAAAAACACAUCCAAAAAUUACAGGAAAAAAGUGACGAUAGCUCGAAAGUGGAAAAAUUUGCAUUGUCUUUUACCUCAAAAUAAAAGUUCAUGCAUAUUUGUUUUGCAUAAAAAUUUACCAAAAACUCGGAAUAAAAAAAAUAUUUAUAAUUCUACUAUUGAACAGGAUGUAGAUGCUGAUAGUGUGAAAAAAUUAGCGCAUGAAAAUGAACAAGGCGGACUAAAAAACGGAGAAAAAAACGGAGAAAAAAACGGAGAAAAAAACGGAGUAAAAGAUUGUAACACAAGUGUGACCAUACGUGGAAGAAGAAAAAAUAAAACAAAAAAAUUAAAGUAUCAAAUUGAAGAGGCUAGUAAAAUAGAUGAUAUAAAUAAUAAUUAUUAUGAUAAGCCACCAAAAAAUUUAGAAUAUCUUAUAAAAAAAAAUGAAUUAUUUUGUAUUUUUAAAUCAAAUUUUAUAAAUGAACAUAAAGUAGUAAUAGGUGAUAUUGUUCAGACAGAAAAAUUACAUAGGAAAAAAGCUGGAGAUGUUGUUUAUUUUGGAACUGUUCUUUUUGUGGGAUCUAAAGAUUUUUCUAUUAUUGGCAAACCUACUAUCCCAUAUUGUAAAGUUAAAGCAACGAUAGAACAAAUCACAUUAAGUAGAGAAAUUUUAAGUUUUAGAUAUAAAAAGGUUAGAAGAUCAAGCCGUUUUUUAAGAGUAAAACAUUGGGUAACUAUAUUAAAAAUAGAUGAUAUAAUAAUAGAUUUGAAGCAUGAAAUGAAUGGUGAAAUGCGUGGUGAAAUGAGUGGUGAAGUGAAUGAUGAAAGAAACAAACCACUGCAAAUCCUCGACUUAUGGGCAAAUAGAUGGUUAUAUCAAAAAGAAUUAAAUUUUAUUAAAUUUGAUAUAAAUAAUAAACCUUUAGCAGAAAAAAUAUAUAAUUUAGUAGAGCAUCAGCCAAACACUUUACACAGACGAGGCUUGAAUAAAUGCUAUCGAUUUCAUCCUGACCCUUUCCUCCCACUUUCAUAUUAA